AUGGAAGAGUCAGGGGAUAUAGAUCAUGUGAAGCUUAGUCAAAUUAAGUUGUCUGUAGGAGAAAAGUUAACAGCACUAAAGAAAGUUGAUGAAGAGAUUAUAGAGUUAAUUGAUGAUGGAGAGGUAAUUGUGUGUGAGAUUGAUGAAGCUGAUAGGUUUAAUGAAACAGUUUAUGAGAUGCUAGCCAGAGUAGAAGCAAAGUUGAAGAAAUCGGUUGAGAAAGAGAGUGCAGCUGCUUGCAAGAGUAGUGUGAGAGCCAAGCUGCCCAAGCUUGACUUACCAGUGUUCAAUGGGGAGAUCACUAAGUGGUUUACCUUUUGGACAGCUAUAAAGCAGCAGUACAUGAUAAUCCAGAUUUAUUGCCAGUUCAGAAAUGCUAAUUAUGCAGAAGCAGUCAAAGUAUUAGAGAGCAGAUUUGGUAAUAAGCAGAGGAUCAUUGCCAAGCAUAUGGAAGCCUUGCUUCACUUAGAUCCUGUAUCAUGGCAAGGGAAUACUCUAGCAUUGCGCGCUUUGUAUGAUAAGAUUGAGAAUCACGUGAGAGAGCUUGCUGCUCUUGGAGUUGAAGCAAAUACUUGUAAUAGCCUUUUACCUUCUAUUUUGAUGAGCAAGUUGCCUAGUGAAUUGAGCCUAGCUAUUAGUAGAAAGCUAUCUGAAGAUGAUGAUUGGAAGUUUGACAAGAUAAUGGAAGAACUGAGCCAAGAACUCCAAGCACGUGAGCGUACUUUGCCAAAGCCUGAUAGUAGUAGGAGAACGUCUCAUUUUAAGGAAGGAAAACCAAAACGCAAGCGUCCCACGUCAGUGACACUUCAUACUAGUAUUACUCAUUGUUGUUAUUGUGAUGAAGAGCAUGCUCCAGAGUCUUGCACAAAAGUUGAUAAGAUAGACAAAAGAUAG